UUCUAACCUAAUUCAUCUCUCGUAUACCUUGCAAUCGAUAACUCUCGACUUGCAUCAUGAUCGAGGAGGUCGUCAGUUAGGUCAAGCCUCAUUCCUCGUCAAACGUUUCGUGUGGAUUGUCACGCGUUUCACGUUAGUCUUCUAAUCUCACCAAGGUGCUUUACGUCGAUAAGCGAUUGUGUCAAAAUGCCCAUAAAAAGCAUCAAGGCUCGUCAAAUCUACGACUCCCGUGGAAACCCUACAGUAGAGGUUGAUCUUGUCACCGAUCUUGGACUUUUCCGUGCAGCAGUACCAUCUGGCGCAUCUACAGGCGUACAUGAAGCCUUGGAACUGAGGGAUAAUGAUAAAACUAAAUAUCAUGGAAAAUCAGUUUUUAAAGCUAUAGAAAAUGUAAACUCUAUUAUUGCUCCUGAAUUGUUAAAGGCCAAUAUAGAAGUUACACAGCAAACAGAAAUCGACAAUUUCAUGCUAAAACUGGAUGGCACACCGAAUAAAUCUAAACUUGGAGCAAAUGCAAUUUUGGGUGUCUCCUUAGCAGUUUGCAAGGCUGGUGCACAGAAAAAAGGCUUACCUUUAUACAAAUAUAUUGCUGAAUUGGCCGGCAAUAAUGACAUUGUCCUACCAGUACCAGCGUUUAACGUUAUUAAUGGUGGUUCUCAUGCUGGCAACAAACUGGCUAUGCAAGAGUUCAUGAUUCUGCCUACUGGCGCAUCUAACUUCACAGAAGCAAUGAAAAUGGGUAGUGAAGUCUAUCAUCACUUAAAGGCGGGUAUCAAGAAGAAGUUCGGUCUUGAUGCCACGGCGGUUGGUGACGAGGGUGGUUUUGCGCCAAACAUUUUAGAAAACAAGGAAGCUCUUAACUUGAUUAUAAAUGCUAUUAAGACCGCUGGUUACGAAGGAAAGAUCAAGAUCGGCAUGGACGUUGCCGCCUCGGAAUUCCACAAAAAUGGAAAAUACGAUUUGGACUUUAAGAAUGAGAACUCUGAUCCAAGCACGUAUCUGGAGCCUGAAGCGUUAAAGAACUUGUACUUGGAAUUUGUCAAAGAUUUCCCGAUCGUAUCAAUUGAAGAUCCCUUCGAUCAGGACGGCUGGGACUCUUGGACGUCCUUGACUGCAGCCACCCCUAUUCAAAUCGUCGGUGACGAUCUUACCGUCACGAAUCCCAAGAGAAUUAAAACAGCUAUUGAGAAGAAAGCUUGUAACUGUUUGUUGUUAAAAGUCAAUCAAAUCGGUAGUGUAACCGAAUCCAUCAACGCUCAUAAGCUCGCCAAGAGUAACGGUUGGGGUACCAUGGUCUCUCAUCGUUCUGGGGAGACAGAGGAUACGUUUAUUGCCGACUUGGUCGUUGGUCUGUCAACUGGCCAAAUUAAGACAGGCGCACCCUGUCGUUCAGAACGUUUGGCCAAGUAUAAUCAAAUCUUACGUAUCGAGGAGGAGCUUGGUGCAGCCGCGAAAUAUGCCGGAGAGAAGUUCCGCAACCCUCACGCUUAAAAAUAAAAUGAUAACUAUCAAAAAGCCCAUUUUAUUGUGAGAGUUAAGCAGACUCAAUCGUUCAUUGAUAUGAUCAUUCUAGGCGCAGUAUAGUUUAAAAACGUUAUUCUUAGCCUAGAUGAACAAUAUUUAUGAAUUGUUAAACAAUAUUUACGAUCAUAAACAAUGUUUGAUAUAUAUUAUGCACAAUGAUGAAGAUUAUGCCAAAUAUGAUGUAGAUGUCAUUUUAAGAACUAUGAAGAAAAGACUGUAGAGUUUUAAAAAAGAUAUAAAGUUCACAACAGUAUAGUUUUCCGCGUUUUAUUAAUUUGUCAUGCCAUUAACAAUUUUCAUUUUUUAUUAUGAAAUAUAAUUAUAAAAAAUUAAUAAUCUCUAUAUAUUUACAAAUCUAUAAAUAAUAUAUAUUGGAAAAAAUAUAUUGAAGAAGUAGAUAAUUAAAAAUUAUAUUAAUACAUAUAGAAAAUGUUGUAUAGUAAUUAUGUGUCUAUAUGUAAAAUAUAUGAAGAGGAAAAAAGUCAAAAAGAUAAUAAGGUUUUAAUCCAGUGUUAAAGUGUGUUCAGAUCGUAUCACAUAUGAGAUUAUAGAUAAUAAAUUAUAAUAAGCUUUAUCCCCGAAUAUCAUAUCUGUAAAAUUAAAUCUGAACAAGAUUUUUAAAUAAAAUUUAAUUCGAUAAAAA